UUCACAGAUUUCGUGAGUAGGAGGAGAUAAAGUUAAAGAGCAGGGGCGACCUGACGUUUCUGAGAACACAAGAGGGCAAUGGCGAGGCGUUUGGUCGGUGUUAUUUUCAUUGCGGUGGCGGCGAUGACAGCUCUGCUGCCGGGAACUACCGCGCAGGUGCCUGCGCCGCCGCCCGGACAUCCGAAAGGGCCGGUGACUUACACGGUCGGAGACACCAUGGGGUGGACUAUACCCGCGGGCGGCGCGGCCGCAUAUCAAGCUUGGGCUAGCAACAAUAUAUUCGAGGUUGGAGACAUUUUAGUCUUCAACUUCAACAAUGGAGCGCAUGACGUGGCUGAAGUGACGGAGUCGGAUUUCAACUCGUGCAAUGGGGCCAACACCCUCUCCAUCUCCACCGUCCCGCCGGGGAGGAUCACCCUCGCCACCGCUGGCCAGCAUUUCUUCAUCUGCACCGUCCCUGGCCACUGCUUGUCGGGCCAACAGGUCGCCAUCAAUGUCACCGCCGCCAGCCCCUCCGGCACUCCGCCGCCGUCCUCCCCCGCCGCCCCGCCCCCCAAGGUGGCCACUCCUCCCUCCUCCGCCGCCACUCCGAAGUCCUCCGCCAUGGCUCCGACUCGGUCACCAUCCUCCUCCGCCCCGUCAUCCUCCUCGGCCACUUCUCCGCGGACCGGCGCCACGACUCCGGCACCUUCCACGGCAAGUCUUCCGCCUAAAGUGGCGACUCCAUCACCCUCAGCCACCCCGCCGCCCUCCAGCACGGCUGCUCCACCAUCUUCAACCCUGGCUCCCUCGGCGGUGGCGGCAUCUCCGGCCGGAGCUGCGGUUCCUCCCACGCAAGGGAACUCGGCAGCAUCACUCGGCAUCACCGGAGUUUCUGCAGUAAUUUUGACCGCGGCCAUAGCUCUAUUGACUUUUCCAUGAUUGUUGCGGAGUCAUUUUUGGUCAUUACAUUUUCUUUUUCUGGUUGCGCAAGAUGAAAAUGAUGAUGUGAAUCGUGAUCCUCGAGUUCUCAUUCCCCAUGCUUUUUUCUAUUAAGAAUAAAGAAUGU